ACGCCCAGCCCGGGAUGCCGCUGGGUCUGCGGAGGCUCGGGUGCAGCCAGCCGCGUCCUCCGCCUACCGCCCGCCUGCCCAGGUCCGCUGGGUGCGCGGGCAGGGAGUGCUCCGCUCCGGCUCUGCGCCCGCCCGCGGAGACAUGGGGCGCUCCCCGCCAGCCGCCGCGGUGCUGGGGCUGCUGCGCUUCUGCCUGGCCCAGGCCAACUUCGCCCCUCACUUCUUCGACAACGGAGCGGGCAGCACCAACGGAAACAUGGCCCUGUUCAGCCUCCCGGAGGACACCCCCGUAGGCUCUCAUGUGUACACCCUCAACGGGACAGACCCCGACGGAGACCCAGUCUCCUACCACAUCAGCUUUGACCCCAGCGCUAGAAGCGUCUUUUCCGUUGACCUCAAUUUGGGAAACAUCACCCUGGUUGAGGAGCUGGACAGAGAGAGGGAGGACGAGAUCGAAGCAAUCAUCAGCAUUUCUGAUGGUCUGAACCUGGUAGCAGAAAAGGUCACCAUCCUGGUGACAGAUGCCAAUGACGAGGCGCCCAGGUUCACCCAGGAGCCUUAUGUUGUCCUGGUGCCUGAGGACACACCUGCUGGAAGCAGCCUCUUUAAGGUGCAUGCUGUGGACAGGGACACAGGCUCCGGAGGCAGCAUCACCUACUUCCUGCAGAGCCUCCAUCCCACCAAAUUUGCGAUGGACCACCACAGCGGUGUGCUGCGCCUCCAGGCUGGGGCCACUCUGGACUAUGAGAAGUCCCGGACCCACUUCAUCACCGUGGUCGCCAAGGACGGCGGAGGCAGGCUACGAGGGGCCCCUGUGGUGUUCUCAGCCACCACCACGGUCACGGUCAACGUGGAGGAUGUUCAGGACAUGCCACCCGUCUUCGUGGGCACCCCCUACUAUGGCUAUGUGUACGAGGACACCCUUCCGGGCUCAGAGGUGUUGACGGUGGUCGCCGUGGAUGGAGACCAGGGCAGACCCAACCACAUUGUCUACAGCCUCGUGAAUGGGAGUGCUGGUGGAGCCUUUGAAAUUAAUGAGACAUCCGGAGCCAUCUUGGUCUUGCAGAGCCCUGCCCAGCUGCGCAGAGAGGCGUAUGAGCUGCACGUACAGGUGACAGAGGUCAGCUCCGCAGGGAGCCUAGCUGCCCAGGCCAUGGUCCCUGUCACCAUCAGAGUCGUGGACCUCAACAACCACCCACCGACGUUCUACGGAGAGAGUGGACCCCAGAACAGGUUUGAGUUGUCCAUGUAUGAGCACCCACCCCAGGGCGAGAUCCUGCGGGGCCUCAAGAUCACUGUCAAUGACUCUGACCAGGGAGCCAAUGCCAAAUUCAAUUUGCGGCUGGUGGGACCUGGAGGCAUCUUCCGUGUGGUCCCACAAACAGUCCUCAAUGAAGCACAGGUCACCAUCAUUGUGGAGAAUUCAGCUGCCAUUGACUUUGAGAAGUCCAAAGUAUUGACCUUCAAGCUCCUGGCCGUUGAAGUGAACACCCCGGAGAAGUUCAGUUCCACAGCAGAUAUUGUGAUCCAGCUCCUGGACACCAAUGACAAUGUCCCCAAGUUCACCUCUCACUACUACGUUGCCAGGAUCCCUGAGAAUGCCCCGGGGGGCUCUAAUGUGGUGGCAGUCACGGCUGUGGAUCCAGAUACAGGACCUUGGGGCGAGGUCAAAUACUCCAUCUAUGGGACAGGAGCAGACCUGUUCCUGAUCCACCCCUCCACGGGGCUUAUCUACACACAGCCCUGGGCCAACCUGGAUGCUGAGGCCACAGCAAGAUACAACUUUUAUGUGAAGGCAGAGGAUAUGGAAGGCAGGUACAGCCUGGCUGAAGUAUUUGUCACUCUGCUGGAUGUCAAUGACCACUACCCCCAGUUUGGGAAGAGCAUCCAGGAGAAGACCAUGGUGCUGGGGACCCCAGUGAAAAUUGAGGCCACAGACCAGGAUGCAGAGGAGCCCAACAACCUAGUGGACUAUUCCAUCACCCAUGCAGAGCCAGCCAAUGUGUUUGACAUCGAUGCACACACAGGAGAGAUCUGGCUCAAGAACUCCAUCCACUCCUUGGAUGCCCUGCACAAUAUCACACCCCGCGGGGACCGCACGUGGUCCCUGGAGGUGCAGGCCAAGGACCGAGGCUCUCCGUCCUUCAGCACCACAGCCUUAAUCAAGAUUGACAUCACAGACACUGAGACGCUGUCCCGAGACCCCAUGACUGCCUUCCUGCUGCAGACUAAGGACAACCCCAUGAAGGCCGUGGGUGUGCUGGCUGGGGUCAUGGCCAUUGUUGUGGCCAUCACCGUCCUCAUCUCCACAGCCACUUUCUGGCGCAACAAGAAGUCCAACAAGGUCCUGCCCGUGCGCCGUGUCCUCCGGAGGCGGCCCAGCCCUGCACCCCGCACCGUCCGCAUCGAGUGGCUCAAAUUCAGGAAGGCCAAGACCGCUACCAAGUUCAUGCUCAAUGAGGAGCCCCCCAACAAGACCUGCGACAACAGCAGCCCAGGAGCCCCGCCGCCCCCCAAAGCUCCAGCUCUCCCUCCACCCCCUAGAAUGGUACCUGACACAGGUGCCCACUGGACAGUGCCUACAGUCUCUGGGUCCCUCGCUCCCCAGAAACCCCAACAGCCACCCAAGCCCCAGGCUGUGGGAAGCCCUGUCAGGUCCUCCAUGGUCUCUGAGCUGAAGCAGAAGUUUGAGAAGAAGAGUGUAGAGAAGAAGGCUUACUUCUAGGGGGAGCCCUGUGGCCCUGCCUUCCUUUGCCCUGGCCUGACCACGCCACUGCUUCCACGGUGCCCCCCACCCUGUCCUCCUGAAGGUCACCCCUGCCUGGGCAGGGCUUUGAGCAAUGGGGCUCUCUGGUGAUAAAAUUUGCAACUGUGCCCCAUCACCUAUGUCCGGGGCAUGGCUUGAGGGAUCCCAGUGUCCAGAAGCUGCUGUCUGCAUCUCUUCACCAGCACCUCAGGGCUCUGCUAGUCCUCCUGUGGGCUCAUCAUCCACAGUCAAGGAGUGAUUGUGGCCAGAAAAGGCCAGCAAGCAUCUGGAUCCUGAAGCCUGAGCAAACCUGCAGGCCACAGGAGAGCAGAUCUGGGGCAAGCAGCAAGCAGAGAGGCCCUGAGAACUCACGCUGACUGCAGAGCCUCGCCCACAGCCACGGGAACCAUAAAGCUUGGCGUCCAGGGAGAUCUUGGCCCCUGCAUACCCAGCAGGCCCAGAACUCUGGCUGUGUGGGAUGGGCUUGGCCUGGAGCACAGCAGAUGUCCCCAGCCAGACCGCCUGGGCCCGAGAGCUGGAGGUCAGUGGGAAGAGCAUCAGGACCCUCUUUAAAGGACGGGAGGUAGAGACAAGUGUUGAGAUCUGGGCACUUAUGCUUUUACCCAGCUCUCUGUUCACAUUAUGUAACUUUGGGGAAGGUGCUUUUUGUUUUUGAGAUGGGGUCUUGCUGAGUUGCCCAGUCCAGCCUGAAACAGGAGAUCCUCUUGCCUCAGCCUCUCUAGCAGCUGGGAUUACAGGUAUGUGCCACCCUGCAUAGCUUUGGGAAGCUGUUUAAACUCCCUCAUCAUCAUCUUCCUCAUCUGUAAAAUGAAGGGAGUAAGCCCUGUAAAAACAGCAAUGUGAGGGUUUUAACCCUACGCAGUCAGCAUCAAAGUUUUUGGAGCAAUCCCUCCCAGAAGAAUUAGACCCUCUCUGAUGCUCUCCUAAGUGCCCCCAGGGGGUCCUGUGCUGUGCAGGGGAGCAGCAAAGCAGAGGAUGGCUUUGCCCUCGCCUUCCCACCUUCCUUUCCUUCUCCCUCAGCUCCACACACUGCCAGAGAGAACAAGUGUCGGGCAGCAGUGUCCAGUCCACAGUUUGCCCAGUGCCAUAGUGGGGAGCAGUUUGCCCAGUGCUGUAGUGGGGAGCAGUUUGCCCAGUGUCCUAGUGCGUUGGUAGCAGUUCUAGUCUGAUGGCCCCUAGCUCUUUCGAGUGUUCCUCUAGCUGGGGUGUGACAGUCUCCCUAGGAAAGAAAUCCUGCAGGGCUGCCAUGGUUAAUUCAGAGAGGUUCUGACCCUGUUGAGGAUGUCUUCAUGUGUGGGCACACGUGCCCAUGCGCGCGCGCGCACACACACACACACACACACACAGGGAGAAAACGGGGGCACUUUCUUGCAUUUGCUCCACCCCCAAAUCCACGCUGUACACUGUGCCAGUGAUCUGUGUGGACAGAGGCAAUGCACAUGUGGCUUCCUUGGUGUGCCAUGUCUCGAAGUGUUACUGAGAUGUGCCCGUGUGCACAAGCCUUGCCGGGCAUCUGCAGUCCCUGACACACACAGUAUUAAGGAGCACCGGCUUUGGUGCACCGUAUAGAUACUUCCCAGCCCAUGUUUCAGGAGAGACCUGGUCCAAGUUUACCUCUCCGGGGAGUACAACAGCCCUACCACAUGCAUGCAAUCGACCUCUUUUGUAAAUCAUAAAUAAAGUCUGUAACCUGAAGGACAA